UUGGUGUAGUAAGGGCUCAUUUUGGCCCACCAAUUUGCAAACAUGCGUCCAGCCAUCUGCAAGAGGAAGCAACAACAGAAACCUCAAUUCAUCAGAGAAAUCCUGGCAAAAAAAGAACGCCACAACUUUCAAAGCAACAUAACAGGUGGAAGCUUUGAAGAGACACGAAGCACCGUCAAGGAGAUUCAAGGGCAAAGGACAACUUUAAGAACAGAUCCAUCACGUCAGCCAGCAAGCGUUCGAAGGAGACGACCUGAAACGGGAAAUCCAAGACUCCAGUCAGCAAACAAAACAGAGGGCGGAAGGCGGCCCUGCAGACUGUUCGACCUUGUCUGAGGAUUGUGAUGCAAGGUUGAAGGGCCUGGCCUCUGGAGUAUCUGAACCGAAAGGGACUGCAGAGUCUCAAAACAAAUGCUUCCAGCAGAUAGCAACAUCACUCUGCAGAAAAUUCAUGACGGCCUUGACAGCUGUAAACUGAAGGUCCGUUUAUCAACGAGAGAAACAGAGCUGUGUUGACAACAUGACUGAUGGGGUGAAGCAGGUCUUCAGCCAGCUACAAUUUAGGAGCCAAACAGUUCAAGCACAACCAUCCCACCCGAGCCAGGUAAUAGCACCAAACGAGAGCCAAUUUUGUACUGAUUGCAUGUAAUGUGUUGAAACAAAAAUCAUCCAUUACUGACCAUGAACACAAAAAUACUUGACUCAUCUGAGAGGAAGUCCGGGUGUUUUGGUUACGCCAAGUAAACCUAAAAGCCGAGAGUCAAAAUGCUUUGCGUUUCGUCAUGCCGUUUCUGUACCUUGAGUGGUAUAUUUUAUGCCCUUAUUCAUGAACAGUAUUUACGUUCUAAACUCAUGUCCGUAGUUAUGCCCCUUGAGAUACAUGUUCUGACUUAACCCCUCGACCGUCAUCUUGUUUUUCCCGCGUCCUAAUAUUUCCCAAUCUAAAGCUACGAGGCCCUCAGAAGUGUUAAAAAAAAACGCAGCGUCUUGCAGUCUCUUGGGCCAGCAGAUGACACCAACAAAUAUUUUCCAAUGAAAUGUCCAUCCUCAGAAAGGUCAAAUAAGGCAAGACGAGCAAACUAUCCGGAAACCUUGAAGAUAACUGAUACAGAAAAAUCCCUGAAGGCUGGAGGAACCCCAAAGGCCAUCUUUAUGACUGCGAUGGAGAGGCUCGAUGAAUCCUCAGAUGGAGGUUCGAAUGGCGCUCUGUUUUGUGAGGGAGCAGAGCGCGAGAGUGACAGCGUGGUCACAAUUGUGCAGCGAAAAUCGGCACUGGACGAGCCUGAAUCAGAUGUGUCUCGUGUGUCCUCACCAAAUGGAAACAUUAAAAGCCAUGCAAAAAAGCCAUUUCCGCAUGCCAAACAAGAAGAGAUUACAGAUUGCAGUCACCCUGGGGGGCAAACACACUGCUAUAAAUAUUUGAUCCCCAAAAGAUGCAACGAUUCUUCCAUGGCUGAAGUAUCUUUGGAGGCCCAGGGGACGGCAAAAGUCGGAUUAGAGAUGUCCUCUGAUGUGAGGUUGGAAAAGCCGCCAUUUGACCAGGAGGGCACUUGCGAAUCCCCGGGACAUCCCUGGUCCAAACGCGGCUCCACCAUGCAGGGCCUUUUGUCCGAGAUCCAAGACAUGGUCGAAAGAAACGACAUUAUAAAUAGGACGACGCGCUUGGAUUUAAACUGGUACCUUCGGUCUUCACCAAGUGAGGCGGAGAUCAGACUGAUCAGAGCAGUCCAAAAUGUGCUGGCUUGUCGAUAUCUGCCAGCCCAGCUGGAUGUUGCGGCUAUGGCCAGACAACUGGAGAAGGCGGAGGCUUACAAGCAACGUGUGCUGGACCAAGUUGCUCUGAUGAAAAGUAGCAGUUCUUCUCAAUCUUAUGCUCCAAAUGUCUUGAAAAGACUGCAAGCCCAGUGGACUUCUGCGCUGCUGGACGCCUCGGCCACAGUGCAAGUCAAAACGGCCCAGCUGGGGGAAGCCAAACAGUAUCGCAAACAGCUCGAGACAAUCAAAGCUUUCCUGCGUCAAGUCGAUACUGAGAAGAAUAACUUAGGCGCCUUGGGAAGCAGUGCUCUCCAAGCUGAAAAACUCCGCUCCUUGCUGCAAACCUUGAAAGGAAAGGAAGAAAUGUGGCAGGGGCUCCAUGCGUCGAGCAGCCAGUUGGCCGUCCACUUGAGCGAUGCCGAAAGCUCGGGUGCUCUUCUCGCUCAGCUUGGAGAUGUGCAAGAUGAGUGGAGACUUUUGAGCGGAAGUAUCAAGAGAGCCCUGUGUCAGGCAGCUAAUUCGUCCCGUCAAUCAUCCGCCCUGAUGAAAGAGGCUCAACGGCUUAAAGACAAGAUUGAAGCGAUUCAGGAAUCCGUGGAGUCCCGUGGCAAAGGUCACGGCACCAAAAACACGUUAGAACUUUUUGGUUUGAGCGAAGACCUCAAAAUGUGUCACCAGCUGCAUGCGCAUCUACAAUCUUUCUCAGAUGCUCUUUUCCAAACCGGUAUAGGUCAGAACGAGAAGGACAGCAUUACACGUGACCUUGAAGAAUUGAGGACCUUACUGGAGACUACCAAAAUCCAGGCUGACCCCUCCAUACUUGACGCUGAUGCUAACAAGCAGUUCCAAGAAUGCAUCGCGUGGGCAAAACGGAUGGAAUACCACAUCAGCAUUGGCAAAAAGUUGUCUCUUUUCCCCGAAGAAGCUCGAAUUCAGAUUGAUCAAAUCAGGAAAUAUCAGACGGAUAUCGUCAUCAGAAGGUCCGAGAUGCAACGACAACAAACGGGGCGGGAAACCUCUGACGCGGACAAUGAGGACUACGCCCAAGGGUCAGAAGUCGUCGAAGAGCUCUACGAAGCGCUCACUGAAAACUUGGAGGAUGUUCUUGACGCGAUGAUGAACAAUCUCCAGGAGAGGGAGGAAUUGUUAGAUCACCUUGACGGCAUCGACACGUGGCUCGUCGAAACAAACGCCAACAGAGACGCCCGUGCUUAUGCGGAGAACGUUUCCAGAGUUGACGUCAGCUCGCUCGAGAGCAAGCGAAAGCAUCACCAAGGAGUCGCCGAGGAUAUCGAGUGUCAUCUAAAUCUGGUCGAUUCUUUGGAGAAAAGGUGCCAGGUCAUAGCAGAAGGUCUGAGCCCCGGAGAGAGCCGUUACCUUGUCAACAGGCUCUCGGCCAUCUGGACGCAAUUUGAUGGCUUGCUGGCACAAGAGAGUGCAACCAGCUGGCAUUUGGAGGAGCUGAUUCAUGAGCGUACCUCUUCCGGUGAGGAGCUGUCUACCAUCGAGCGUAGCUUAAAGAACAUCUCCUCUUCUUUGGACCAACAUCAUUUCCCCAUGACGCAGGAAACCGUUUUAACGAUUGCACUGGUGAAGCACAUGCUCAUGGAACAUCAGUGUCAAGUGCAAGAGAUUCAACACUGCCUGGAGAGCGAGCGCAGCGCUCUGCUCUGCACCGUUGGAGAACUGCAAGACAGGUGCAAGGUUCUGAGUUUUCACGCUUUUGAGCAAGACAAAUAUCUGCAACUGAAGAAGCAAAUGGAGGAUUCAAGGGACGUGUCCCAAGAGCAAAUCCAGCAGGCGAAAGACGGAACGUUAAGUUUGGGUGAGAGGUUCAAACGUUGCCAGGCGCUCUUGGUCGACCUCCCGCUGAUGAAGACGCGCUGUCAAGAAGCGGCGGAGCAACUGGAGGUGAUCGCUCCGGAGCUGCGCCCAACGGAGGUGGAUUUGGAGAGGCGGAGCAUUAGCGGCGCUGUAGCGGCGUUUGCUUCUUCGGAGCAGGCUGCCACGGAUGAGAUGAAACAUUUAGAGGGCGAGCUUCUUCUGGGCCUGCGCUUUUCCUCCGAGCUUCCCGCCUUGACGGAAUUCUUCCGAAGAACGGCACGAGAGCUGCGGGGUGCGGAACCAGUCGGUCCCGAUGAAAGCGCCGUCGAUGUCGCCCUGCAAAGGCGAUGGGUGAUGUGGAGAAACAUGGAGUCUGCGAUGCGCCUGUUGCGCGCUCUGGCUCGGAAAGAGGAAAUUGACUUCAAGAGCCGCAGUGAUUUACAUUUACUGGGUGAUUCAACCAUGCAGGAAUGUCAUUUACAGAUGGAGUGUUUAUCCAAGACUCGAGAAUCCUUGAAAGAUUACCAGUGGGCUGCUCAGGGAGCCAUCAACUUUCUUCACAAUGCUGAGAUCACAUUUUUAUCAGCUCCCGGUGGCUUCCUUGACUGUACGGAGGAACAGACUCAGACGCAACAGGCCAUCGAAGCUCUGGAAGAAGGAUUUGUUGCCCAUAUCCAGCAUCUUGUUGAACUGGUGCCUCAGCAAGUCUGCCUUUCCUGCUCGGAGACUCAAGAUCUGCACAUUGGCAUCUUGAGUCAAUUGUUAGUGGGAAGGGCCGUGCUGGAGGCUCAGGCUCAGCUCAGACUGGAGUCCUUGCAGAGAUGUGAACUUCGACAACAAAGCCACAGGGUUUGUCACAAAGACAUGCGGCGGCGUCUUCUUGAUUUUGAAGCAAAGCUUUCGGCCUGUGCGGCGCAAGAAGUGACGUCCUAUGAAAAAUGUCUGGCGCAACACAAAAGGUGUAAGCACUUGAUGGAGGGUGUCUGCGACCUCGCUAGGAAGAUUGAAGAGCUCCGAGAAAGAUGUCCCGUGCAGGGAUGUGGCAUUGGAAAGGAUGGAGAGCUCGGCGCCCUCUGGAGGCGCUGGGUAUCACUGCGGUGCGGUGUUGGUCUGCUCAUGGCACAAGCAGAUCAGAGACUCGAGGAAUGGGAGGAUAUCACAACUAGUGUGGAACAGUGCUGCACCUCAUUGUCGAGACUCCAGGCCGAGGUUCCUGACUCCUCCGCUCUCGUGUUCACACAAGAUGAACUCCAGAAGCUUCUGGCCCAGGCAGAGCUGCAGGAGGUUGGUCUAGAACGAGAGAGGCAAACUUUGGCUACACUGGAGCACCGCCUGGAGCAUGUCUUGAGCUUGACUACUUCCAAAGAUCCCGCAAGUCUGCCAGGGACUUUUGGUGAAACCCUUGUGAAGAUUCGAGAAAAUGUCAAACGUUUGGAGGAAAGGAAUCUCCAUGUGAUUGCUGCUGCCCAGAUCAAGGCGAGGGAAAGAAAGCAGUUUGAGGAGAGGAUAGGACAGGUGGAGAAGAGCAUGUGCACUAUUCUUCCCUUGCUGGGCAACGAAAUGGGUUCAGCAAAGCACCAGGAGCUCACAAAGGAUCUGUCCAAUCAGAAAGUUAACCUAAAAGGGAUCCUGGACGGCGUGCUGGAGCGAUAUGCUGAGAUUCCAGCUGAUAUUGACCAGCGAAUGCAAACUCUUCAAGAGUCUGUGGAGGAAGCUGAAAGAAAGCUAGAGCAGAGCGUGUCCGUUCAAAAACUGGCUUGCCAAGUGACAGAGUUGAUCUCUGACCUGGACCAAGUGAAAUCAUCUCUGGGGCAAAAGAGCUCCACUGUCGCCGAGGCCCAACGUGCUCUCAAGCACGUGUGGGACGAAUUGGACUCGUGUCACAGUCGCUUGAUGCUCCUGGAGAGCGAGGUGCAGGAUCUGGUGGAGGAACAAUCAGAGCAAGCUCAGCUGUUUAUGGACCAGCUGACGCGGCCGCUGCAGCUUUACCAAGAUGCGGUGCAGACGGCUGAGCAUCGCACCGCUUUCCUGAGCAAGAUCCCGGCCUCUCUUCAAGAGUUCGAAGACCUCCUGUGCGGUGCCACUUGUUGGUUUGACGAGGCCCAGGCAUGGCUGAGCACUCCCUGCUCUUUGCCGACAUCCAAAGGCCUCCAGAAUCAUGCCAAGACCCUGCAGCUGGUCCUGGAUGACUCGGCGAGAAUCAGGAACACGCUGAAGGAUUUCCGGCCAGUGCUCGCUGAGAUUUCUGCCGUGUGUGAUCUCAGUGCGCAGGAGGAGAGGAUGGACAGCACCGAGCGACAGGUUGAAAAGAUGCAAAAGAGCAUUCUCGAGCCAAUGGAGCAGCACAAGCAGGCUGUUGAGGUAGUGGAGGCCUUGGAAGAGGAGUUAAAGACCUUAGAGGCGAAUGUCCCAAAAAUCACAACCAUUUUGUCCUCCUUAGACAAUUCCAACGUCACGCUGAAAGAGCAUCUUCACAACCAACAGGUGAUCCUGGACAAUGUCCACUCAAUGCAGAAGACAUUAGAGGACAUGGAGAGCUGCAGAGGAGAUUUACGCCUCCCACAGGAAACAAAGGAGACUCUCGUGGUGUUCUCUGGAAUCAAAGCGCUCCUGCAGGUGCUGACAGACUUAGAACAUCUCACCCAGCAACGAGCCGUUGUUCUGGAGGAGGCUUUUGAGGACUCUAAUUCAGAAGAUGAUCUGGAUGAAGACGAGAGCUGUCACUCAUCAUCCUCGGACACACUAACGUGCAGUAUUCCCGAGGACCCAGAUGACACGUUGUGUACUCCAGGGGCGCAAAGUGAUGAUUUCAUCGAUCCGGAGGCACGGUCUGACGCCAAGGCUUUGGUCACUGUGUCUGCCCAAUUUUGUGAACCAGUUUUUGAAGCUGAGAAAUCAAAUAAUUUUGAGUCGUCUGGGCUGGAUUCCAAGAUGUCUGAUCAAGAAGAUGCUCCAAGUGGAUUCACAAGAUCACCAACACAACUGAACACUGAAGCUGCUGGUGAUGAAAUCCUUGGGUUCCAAAUUGUGGCACCCGAGUCUCUGAUCUCUUCCACCAUUUCUGCCGAUGAAGACUGCUCUGCCGCCGUGACCACAGAUGACCUUUCUGCACUUCCAAAUUUUGACGUAUGCGGCCCCACCACCAACGUACUCUCCAAUCAGGCCACAGCCACAAGGGAGUCCAUGGCUACGCAUCCAAUUCAAGAGCCAAGUGGACCCGUCAUCAGGGAUUGCAAAGAGGGAAAAGAUCAACACGACUCCAAGCCUUCUGCAAUAUUGACCCGAUCCAGCGAAGUUCACACAGAGCAGCAACAGUGGCGCCUGCUUCACAUUCAAAUCGCCCAGAAAGUGGAAAGCCUACGAAAACUUCAGGAGGAGCAUCGGAUGUCGAUUGUCGAUGGCAAGGUUGCAACGGUCCUGGAAGGAAAAUUGCUGUCAACUGGGUCAGCUUCAGCUUUUCUCCAGCAUGCAAAUGAAUCCAUCACCAUGCUGAGUAAAAUCGUGAGCUCUGCGGAUGAUCCCGACACGAAGGGCGAGUUGUACUCUGCGGCACACAGAGUUCUUCAAUGCGUGGACGCUUUGACCGACCUUGUGUCGACUCCCGGAGGUGUUGGGGGUGACGAGACCCAGCUCAAGUCACUACAGCACGAAUACGUAUCAAUGGAGCUGGCGAGUCUGGCUGGCCUGCUGCGUGACGCCGAGUCAAAGAUCAGUCCCGUGCUUCAAGACGAUGAACUGAGCUGUUUAACGUGGCUGCAGAAAUGUCUAAAAGCUGCCCAGUUAGUCAUCGCCUCUUUCAACGAACUCUCCGUUGACUCUCUGGGUCUUAAAAGCCAGCAUCAGGAGCUCUUCUCCAACCAGUUAUGUUUCAUGGAGGAGCUGCAGCCGAGUCAUCAUGAAAUAUUCCCAAAUCAAAAGGAAACUUCCAUUCUGCAGCAGUGUGUGCUGGGCAGACAUGUGAGAGAGAGUUCAGGGGAAAAGGCCCUGAUACAGAAAGCGAUCCAGUCCUUACUGCACGGAAUGCGUAGCCUACUGGAUCUCGGUGAAGGAUGCGUAGCUGAGGGGCCGGCGAGACCCGUUCAAAACAUUCGCCAGCUACACGUUCGUCUCCAUAGAGACCAGAAGUUCGCUCAGGUUCUCGGAGCUCAGCUGAAUUUUACGCAACAUCUAUUCCAUCGAAGGCCAGAUGUGCUGGGGGCUCAAGAGGAUGAGCAAGCACAGCUGGAAGUUCGGGGCAAAGCUUUGAUCCAGGAGUUGCUACAACAGGAGGUGGCAUCUCAGUGGAGACUCCUGGAGUGGAACCGCUGGGAGGAUAAUUGCGGUCGACUGGGAAGACUGCUGGACGAGCUUGAAGUCUGUAUCGGUGGUGCGGAAGCGGCGGAGGAUAAUGAGGAGUCCCACAUAGAACGGCGGCGACGUGCCUGUCAGCAAACUUUGGUCCAAUUGGAAGCGAACCGGGCUCUCCUGGGACAGCUCGUGGAUCAGAGAUGUGAGCUGCAGACGGAUCCUUUAUUUGCGCCUUCGGCCGUACAGACAGGGGGUGCUCUGGAGCUGCGAUGGAGAAGCAUCAGCAGCCGCAUGGACCGAGAGCUUCGGCGCUACAGUGACGCGUCGGACGGCUGGGUCAGAUUCCAGACAGACUUUUCCCUUGUCAGUAAAUGGCUCCAUGAUGCCAACGAACGCCUGACGAUUUGCUCAGAACUCACUGAUGCCUCUCACGUGAGCCAGGAGAGUGUUUGCAAGGGUCUGAUCAGGUUGUUGGACUUCUCUAUAGAGAUGGAGACCAUGUCUGCUCGCAAGGAAUCCGCCUCCGGAGAAGCCGCUCGACUGCUUCGUCUGAGGGAAACGGAAUGUCCUGGCCUGAGAGGGAGCCUCACAAAGCUGGAGAUGACCUGGUGCAAGCUCACCUCUGACCUGACCAGUGCACAAGACCGGCUGCAAAAGGAGCUGCUCCAGAUGUGGCCACCGAUGACGCUGCUGUCUGACUUGGAGGAUUGGCUCAAGAACUUGGAGGUCCAUCUGGAGCAGGCGAGAGAACAAGUCCACGAGGCCACAGACGCCGCUCGGAUCAGAAGAAGCCUGCAGCGCUUCCUGGCAUUAAGGAUGUCUUUAGUCAAGGGGCAGCCUCUUCUGGAAUUCCUGUCCCAAACUCGCCCGCAGGUGAUGGAAUUGGAUGUUCAGGCUCGUCUUGCAGAGAGAACAAUGUACGCGGAGCAACUCGGAGCCCUCAGGCAACAUUGGCUUCACCUGCAGGGGGCGUUGGAGAACCAGAUUCAUGGAGAUCAAGAGCUGCAAUACGCUUGUGCUGCCAGAGAAAGACAGUUGCAGCGUCUCCGUCGGGCCGUUGAGCAGCAGAAAAAGCGUCUUAAUCAGUGGAAACAUCCAACCAGUCAAACGCAAGCUCAAAAGGUUCUGCAGGAGUGGGAGGCUGUUCUCGGAAGAAUAAAGGAGGUGGCCACAGCUUUGCAGGGGGUGAAAUCCACGCAUGUGCUUGUUGAAAAGGAGCAUCUGUGUGAUGUCGUUUUUUGUGAGCAGGCUGAGACUGUCGGUCUCGCUUGUGAGGAUCUCCUUCAGCAGAUGCGGGCUUUGGAGCCAAUUUUAGAGCAAACCGUCCAGGAAUGGGCUUGUCUGGAGAAAAAUCUGCGGGAGGUUUCCCUGCACACCGGCAGGGUACACUUUACCGUGCAGCUUUACGGAGCACUUUUGUUUUCACCGAAGCAGACGGAAAGUUAUUUGGAGCUACUGCAGCAACUGCAGGAGAUGUGCAGACAAGGGGAGAAGCUUUGGGUCGACAUCAACAAAUCUCUUCCGAUUCUUUUGAAGACGCUCGACGCUGGAACAGCCCGGUCACUCAAUGAUCGAAUAGAACAAGCGCAAAAGCGGUGGGAGGACAUGUUGGAAAAUCUGGAAGGAGAACGCCAGAAGACUGACGAGACCCGAACCCUCUGGCAGCAGUAUAAUCGUACCUUUGAUAAGGGCUCCCUUCAGCUGGAACACCUUCGGCGUCAGUUGUCCUCCUUUUCGCCUCGACAGGAGCCGCAGGUCACGGUUCACUCGGCAGAGAAAUUACAGAAUUUUGCCGAGGACCUGCAAAAGAGUGCGACAGAUGUGCUGGCCUCGUCAAAGCCUCUCAGUGGACGUCUCAAACCACGCAUCCAAAAUUUGGUCCAAUCGGAGAUCGUGGGACUGUCGCUUGAGGGCCUCCUGCUGAACCAGGCCAUGUCAGACACAAAGCAAAGCCUUCAGGAAGAUUUAGACAACUACAAACUAUUUUGCACGCAGCUGGAAGCCCUUGAGCAGCAGACACAAAACAUACUGCAUGGAGAGAAAUCGAACAUGAAUGACAAAGACAUUGUGAAGCAGGAGCUGUUGAAACUUAUCGAACUGCUUCCGUCACUGGUUGAUAUCAGCGAAUUGAGCGGCUACGUGACCCUCGACAAGCCGGAGAAAGACGCGCUGCACGCGCUCGGCAAAAAAUGGACCCACGGUGUGAAUCGCAUGUGUUCUUUGUACAGAACGCUUCAGCGUGAACAUCGGCGGUCCCAAGACUUUCAUCAGAAGUGUCAGGAGCUCACGUUCAUCCUCGAGGAGCUGGAGUCGGAACCCCCAAGUGGCUUCAACCUCCAAGAGAUACUCGCUGUCCAUCAGAGGCGUCAGAUUGAAAUGAUUACUGGACAAGAGCUUCUGCGAGAUCUUCUCUGUAAUGCAAUCAAGUCCAUGGAAAAACAAAAAUCAGACGAAAAAUCUGAGCUCCUGACACAAGCGCUCCAUCUGCGAGGGAGGUGGUUCAGGUCUUUGUUGCUGGCCGGCCAGCACCGGGCCGCGACUGGUGAACAGAUCCACCAGUGGAGGAUCUAUAAAUGUGGCAUGAAGCUUCUGGGCAAGACGCUGAGAAGUGUGGAAAGCCUGCUGUCCUCUGCUCACCCUUCACUCACUCUAUUGCCUUUCACAUCGCCGCAACUUGCAGACCAGUGCCAGUGUCUAAAUGAAGCUCUGGAGCGCCACUCAUCCAUGCUCACGGAGACUUUGGAGGCGGGUCGACUUUUGUGUGAGACGACGUCAGACUCGGACAGUCGGAGUCGACUCGAGUUGGAAAUUCAGGCCGUAGAAGGGGCCUGGAAACACGCUAACUCACUGGUCCAAAAAAGGAGAACCCUGGUCAGCACGACUGUUCAGAACUGGUCGCGGUGUCAGGAUGAGAUAAAGGCCAGAAUGUGUGAAGUGGAUGAGCUGAGAACCCAGCUGAAGAGGCCGCUGCCCGCGACGACUGAUGCGUCUGGGGAAGAGCUCGUUCGGAAGACGGACCUCUCUUUGCACCGUCUCGCCGGUGGAUUGAAAGACCUGGCCUCCAUGAAGACCGACCUGUCCCAGUACGUGGCGUUGGCCGAUUCCGCUCUGCUGGAACAGCAACUGGAGCAACUUCACAUCCAGUGGGAUGAACUCUGCGCCAAGGUGUCCUCGCGCAAGCAAGAAAUUGCUGACCGCCUCAACGCCUGGACGAUCUUCAAUGACAAAAACAAAGAGUUCUGCGAUUGGCUCACCCAGAUGGAGAGCAAGGUUUGCCACAGCGCGGAUCUCAGCAUCGAAGAAAUGGUGGAAAAGCUGAAAAAGGAUUGCAUGGAGGAAAUCAAUUUGUUCAGUGAGAAUAAAAGCCACUUGAAGCACCUCGGAGAGCAGCUGCUGUUAGCCAGCGACGAGGCCAAGCAGACCCAAGUGCGCGCUUCCCUGCAAGAGGUUAACCAGAGAUGGCACAAACUCUUCAGCCACAUCGAGGCCAGAGUGACAAAGUUGAAGGAGACUCUCUUGAGAGUGCAGCAACUGGACAAAAACAUGAGCAACCUCCGAUCGUGGCUUUCACGCGUGGAGGCCGACCUGUCCAGGCCCAUUACCUACAGUAUUUGUCAUCACCAGGAGAUACAGAGAAGGCUGGCUGAGCAGCAGGAGCUGCAACGGGACAUCGAGCAGCAUACGGAAGGCGUCACCUCGGUCCUCAACCUGUGCGACCUUUUGCUGAGGGACGAAGACGCCGCCGGCACCAUUGAGGCGGAAAGUGACUCCCUGCAGGAAACCAGUCAUAGCCUGGACCAGCGCUGGAGGACCAUCUGUGCCAUGUCUCUCGACAGGCGACUCAGGAUUGAGGAAACAUGGAGACUGUGGUGCAAGUUCCUGGAGGACUAUUCGCAGUUUGAGGAUUGGCUCAAGACGGCGGAGAAGACCGCCGCCAACCCCAACUCGGGAGACGUUCCUUACGCUGUUGCCAAGGAGGAGCUGAAGAAGUUUGAGAGGUUCCAAAGGCAGUUGCAUGAGAGGCUGACCCAGUUAGAACUCAUCAACAACCAGUACCGCCGGCUGGCCCGCGAGAACCGUACGGACCGUGCCGGCCAGCAGAAAGCCAUGGUCCACGAGGGCAACCGGCGCUGGUACGUUCUACACCGGCGGGUGGCUGCCGUCCUCCGCAGACUGAAGCAUUUUACCAGUCAGCGAGAAGAAUUUGAGGGCACUCGCGAAAGCAUGUUGGUGUGGCUGACGGAACUGGAUCUGCAGCUGACCAACGUGGAGCAUUUUUCUGAGAGCGACGUUCAUCACAAGAUACAACGGCUUAGUAGUUUCCAGAAGGAGAUCAUCCUCAACACGGAGCGCAUUGAUGGGCUGAUCGUGUUUGGAGAAAGUCUCAUCCAGAAGAGUUCACCGCAGGAUGCCGCGUUGAUAGAAGAAGAACUGGAGGAGCUUCAUUCCUACUGUCAGGAGGUUUUCAGCCGACUGGUUCGCUUCCAUCAACGUCUCAGCCAGCCGCCGGUGAUCACGGAAGAACCGAAGAUCCCUGGCGUCAGCUUUUCCAUGGAGUCGAGCUUGGAGCUGAUCGGACGGCCCUGGCUCGGGCGGGGUCAAGGAAGCCUGCCGGCCACACCCUCCCACUCGCUGGCCUUUCCGCUGGAGCAGUCGGGGCGGGAGACGCCGGUGAGCGUCGACUCGCUGCCGUUAGAGUGGGACCACACCGGGGAUGUUGGCGGCUCAUCAUCCCACGAGGAUGACGAGGAUGACAAAAGACACGAGGAAGAGGGAAUUUACUUCAGUGCGUUGUCAGUAUCGGACAGGUUGAUGGCUGCCUGCGAGUCUCCAAUCUGGCCAUCACCGACAGAUGAAGAACCCGACGCCGGCGACCACAACGUUCAACCCGCCCUCACCAGCACGCCGGUCAAGCUAGUCCAUUCGCAUCAAAUGUCCCAGUGCAGUGACAACAUUGAUGACAUGAAAAGAGCUUGUCUGAUCCUGGAUGAUGAUAAUGAGGAGGAGCAGCCAGAGUUCGGUUUGACAAACUCGGGUGGCUCAGGCAAACAGUCAGCUGAUGUGUUUGCUCUCUCAGGGGUGAUUGAACGCUGGGAACUGCUGCAGGCUCAGUCCGGGAACGAACAAGACGCCGACCCCCGGGAUCCGCCCAAUGUCACAUCUGACCUCGAUGAGGUCAUUUCCUGGUUAGACAACAUUCAUCCGGAACUGGACCGCCUCCAGCAGUCGCAUCCAAGCAACAGGAUUGUUGACAUGGCAACCAGAGCGAAAGAGAUGAAGGAGAUGAAGGAGAUGUUUACGCACUACAAGCCUAUCAUGCUGUCAGUCAACCUGCGCGCUCUGCAAGUCCCGGAGCAGCAGGAGAAGCUCGUCGAUUUGAACCAAGCCUGGAGCCGAGCUUCAACACUUCUUCACCAGUGGGAAACCAGUUUGAGAAGGACUCUGAUGCGCUGCCAGGAGUUUGAUGAGAGCCUCCAUUCCCUGCUGCUGUGGCUGGCGUGCGCCGAGAAGAAACGCGACGCGGUGGACAUCAGAGAUCCGGAGACGCCUCUUCAAAUUCUGAAACGGCAGCAUCGCUCCCUCACUGCCCUGCUGGAGGAGCUCCUGGAGAGGCGGAGCCAGCAGGCUUCGCUCCACACCCUGUGGUUUCAACUCCAGCCAGAGGACGGGGGCGAGGGGAGCCACGAGGCCCAGGAGAAGCUCCACGUGACGGCCACCAAAUUGAAGUUACUCCUGAAGGACGUGAGCGAGGACCUGAACAUCCUGCAUCAACGUCUGGACUGCAACACUUACAAAGGUCAAAAUGUCCCUUUGGAUUCAUCUCGGCACAUCACCCAAACAAAGGAGUCGCCUUCCACUCAAAGAGGGAGGAGAGACUCAUCCCCACCGCGCUCCUUCUUCUGUCGGGUCCUGUGGGCUGCCGUCCCAUUUCACCUCCUCCUGCUGUUCUUGCUGCUCCUCCCGUGUUUGGUCCCCCAGUCGGAGAGAGACUCGAGCUGCACUGUUGCCAACAACUUUGCCCGCUCUUUUCAUCCCAUGUUACAUUACACAAAUGGACCCCCGCCCACUUGAGUAAGACUUGAGCACAGGUGCGGGGGGUUUAAGACGAGAACGAAUAAAUGCAAUUCCCUUUUUUUUCCGAGCACUGGUACCUGUAUUUUAACGGGCAUCAUAAUGAUGAAGUGGUAGUUUUCCAAACAAAAAUAUCCACAUUUUUCUACAAAUAAUGAGGUUCACAUAUUUAUUC